AUCAAAUCGAUUCAAUACACAAGACAACAAACAAGGAAUAAUGGCGCUCGCGCUGUUAGCAUCUCCUCCACCUCCGCUCGGGGGGGUCCGUCGCAGUUUUGGAACAAAGUGUUCGCUCUUCGCCGCACAGCGAGCCAAGCGGAACCUGAUGGAUCUCAUCUCCGACCAGGACCGAGGUCUGAGAACCCAGAAAGACGCCGUGAAGCGAGACGCGAUCGUGAAUGCCAUCGAGGCCAUGGCGGUGAUCGGGGGAAGCUCCGUCACCACAGGAGAUUCGCUGUCUGCCACGUGGAGACUACUGUGGACGACGGAGAAAGAACAGCUGUUCAUCAUAGAGAAGGCGGGGUUGUUCGGCACGCGCGCUGGAGAGGUACUGCAGGUGAUCGAUGUGAGGAAAGGGACGCUCAACAACGUCAUCACUUUCCCGCCCGACGGCGUUUUCUUUGUACGCUCCGAUAUCGACAUCUCUUCCCCGCAGAGAGUCAAUUUCAAAUUCACUAGUGCCGUGUUGAGAGGAAGCAAUUGGGAGAUCCCACUCCCACCAUUUGGCCAGGGCUGGUUUGAAAAUGUGUAUAUGGAUGGUGACAUCAGAGUGGCCAAGGACAUCAGAGGGGACUACUUAGUUGUUGAUCGUGCUCCUUUUAACUGGAAAGAAUGAUCUGUUACUCAACAAUGCAUCUCCUCCUUUUUAAUGAUCUUUGUUUUGUACAUCAACACUACACUACUCUAUUCUACGACUUUACAUCAUCUACUUUUAAUGCCAAAUGCAGACAUUUGCACAUA